GAUUGUAUUUCUGUGAAGACCACUUUGAUGUAAGUUAGCAUUCAUUGUAAAUAGUAAAGUAACCACAAGUCAUGUUAAUAUAACACCAACAACCUUUGAGUACUUUUAUGUUAUGUUAUGAACCUAUGAUGCGAGUUGAUUUCAUAAUAUAUACUUAUUUCAUGUUUUAGCUCGAAAACGAUAUGAAGAAUUAUACAGAAUAUAAGAUAAUGGGUUCUGUUAAACAAAUUCGGAUGAAACCAAACUGCAUACCAUCUAGAUUUGAUUGCCAAGCGGACAGAAAGCACAAGUCCACUCCAAGUGAACCUCGACAACCCUUUAUUAAAAGGCAAAGAAUGUCUACAAUAAUGGAAAUUGAAGAAAAUACUAUAUCUAUACCAUCUUGUAGUCAAGAUACACCUGAAAUCAUAAAGUAUAUUGAUAAAGCAGUUCAAGUAGUACAAGCCGUGGAACACAAAGCAAUUCAAGCCUGUCGGAUGAUACACUACAGAAGUAAAAAUGUGCAGACUGCUAUAAAAAAUAAAGACAGCAUGACAUCACCGUUAAAGUCAACUGUGUGUACUGCAACAUCACCCUUUAAGGUAUCCCAAGUAGGCAGCACAAGCAAGGUGAAUAUAUCUAUUCUAUCAGCCACUAAAAGGAAACUGAAUUUUGAAGGCAAAUAUGAGAGUGAUGACUCAUACACGCCAUCAAUAACAGGUAUGACAACAGAUUGUGAUUCCUCUCCAUACAAAAUAUCUAAGACGACUUCUGAUACUAGCUCUCAAGAGGAAUUUAAAAAAGUUGAGAAACUAAAUUUACUGAGUACUUUGUCAAAGAUAAAAAGUAAGCUUCGAUUAUAUAUUGGUUUGCCAAAAGAACUCCAUUUUCUGUUAGAGUUGAUAGAAAAACAUGCCAAUAUUUCUGAACAAAAUAUUUUAUUAUGUUUGAUGAGAAUAAAAUUAAACAGGACAUUUUCACAACUUGCUGAUGAUUUUGAUAUAUCGGUGACUCAUGCUAGCAAUGUAUUUUUCAAAACGUUGCCAGAAAUUGUGAAAGUACUUUUACCCUUUAUUAAACAGUUUUCUACUGAUACAAUUAAGAUGAAUCUACCUAUUGCUUUUAGACAUAAAUAUAAUAAAGUUACAUGUAUUAUAGACUGUUAAUACGGAAAUAGAAAUACAAAAACCAAAAAAGGCCAUGCACCAAGCACUGACCUGGUCAGAAUACAAAAAGACGAAUACUAUAAAAUAUCUAAUAUCAUGUACACCGGAUGGUCUUGUGAAUUUUAUUUCUACUGGAUAUGCAGGAAGGAUUAGUGAUGUGAACUUGGUUGAAGACAGCAAAUUUUUAGAUACAUUGCCACCUAAUGCUUGCAUUUUAGCUGACAGAGGGUUCAAACACCUUGAACUUUUUUUAGCUCAAAAAGGACAUAUGUACUUUGCUAAGGCCUCCGAGUGUAUCGGCAAAUUCUAAAUUAUCAAAAGCUGAAGCCCGGCAAACAAAAGAAAUAGCCAGUCUUCGAAUUCAUGUCGAGAGGGUCAUUAGAAGAUUGCGAGAGU